AACAAAUGGAAGGGCAAUAAAGAGGGACGAUGGCGACAGCGUCGGCUGCAGUUGUUAUACCGAAGCCGCCGCAUCGACGUCGAGAGAGGAGAGGGUUCGAAGGGAAGAGAGGAGGAGGCAGCGGCUCAUCGAUGAUGUUGGCGAUGAUAACGGGUAGAGUCGUUCGGGCGGUGGUGGUGGUGGUGAUGGCGCUUCUGCUGUGCGGCGCAUCGGAGGCGUGGACCGGCGAGAUCCGCGGGAGGGUGGUGUGCGAUUUGUGCGGGGAUUCCUCCGUCGGACCCGAAGAUCACGUCCUGCAAGGCGCCGAAGUGGCUGUUCUGUGCAUAACAAAGUCGGGCGAGGUUUUCAAUUAUCAGGCCUUCACAAACUCCAAAGGCAUCUAUAAGGUGGCAGAGACGAUGCCCGAGAGCGACCGCUGGGUGUCAUGCUUGGCAAGGCCAUUAAGUAGCUUCCAUGAACAUUGCACGCGAAGGGGAGACGCUCACUCCGGAAUCAAGUUUUCAUAUAACCUGCCAUCAGGACACUCACACACUGUCAAACCAUUCCUUUAUAAGCCUGCUGCAGCCCCGAUGUAUUGCAGCUGAACUACAUUUAGCUUGCAAAGUAUACGCUUUUGGUCAUGCAUUGUAUCUGG